AUGGAAACCCAAAAACGGGAAACGCUUGGCUUGACUGGAUUGGCGCCUGUGCGUGUCGAAACACUCGAAAUCCAGAAAAGACGAGCCUUGAGACAUCUUCGCUGCAAAGAGUCCAUGUUGGAGAAGUACGUCUUUCUCGCCCAACUUCGCAGCACCAACAUUCGUCUUUUCUACAAAAUCGUGAUCGAUGAACUGCAAGAAAUUGCUCCCAUUAUCUAUACUCCGACGGUGGGCACGGCGUGUCUCGAAUACAGCAACAUCUACCCAUUCUUGGCAGCACCUGGCGUGCCCGAUGGUCUGUAUUUGACCAAAGGCGAUGUGCCUACCUUAUGCGACAUGAUUCGAAACUACCGUCCAUUUGCGGCGGAGCCUUUCUCUCCUCAAAUUGCGGUCAUUUCCGAUGGUUCCCGUAUCCUUGGUUUGGGUGAUUUGGGUGUCAACGGUAUGGGCAUUCCUAUUGGCAAAUUGCAAUUGUACGUGGCUGGCGCUGGUGUGGAUCCUCGUCGCACGCUUCCCAUUAUCCUCGAUUUAGGAACCAACAAUGAAAAGCUUCGUGAAGAUGAAUUCUAUCUUGGCUUGAGAGAGCCUCGUCCAAGUGACGACCAAUUUUACGCUGCUGUCGACAACGUGAUGAAGGCAUUACAUACUGUUUAUCCUGAUCUCCUUAUUCAGUUCGAAGAUUGGUCAUCUGAACACGCGUUUGGUCUUCUGGAGAGAUAUCAGAAGCAAACUCUCUGUUUCAAUGACGAUAUUCAGGGUACCGGUGCCGUCAUCCUUUCCGGUGUGAUCAACGCCAUCCGCAAGGUCAACAAAGAGUCCAACGUGUCGCCUCGUGAUCAUCGCAUCGUCUUUUACGGUGCUGGCUCGGCUGCCAUUGGUGUAGCCCGUCAAAUCCAGGAUUAUUUCCAAAUUGAACAUCAAAUGCCAGAAGAGGAAGCAAGAAAGCUGUUUUGGAUCUGUGACAGCAAGGGCUUGGUAACAAAGGAUCGUGGUGAUAAACUGGCCCAGCACAAGGUGUACUAUGCCAGAGACGACAAUGACAAGCAAUACAAGGAAUUGAUCGAUAUCGUCAACUACGUUAAGCCUACUGCUUUAAUAGGUCUCUCAUCUAUUCCUGGAGCGUUCAAUCAGCAGGUGCUGGGUCGCGUAGCUGAACUGAAUGAUCAGCCGAUCGUUUUCCCUCUUUCAAACCCAGCCACACAAGCUGAGUGUACAUUCGAGCAAGCCAUGGAAGCGACGAAUAACAAGGUCAUCUUUGCCUCGGGCACGGCUUUCCCUGCUUAUACUAUUGCCAAGACCGGUGAAGUACGUAUCCCAGGUCAAGGCAACAAUAUGUAUGUUUUCCCAGGUCUUGGUCUCGGUGCUAUUCUCGCCAAACCUCGUUACAUCUCCAAUGAAAUGAUUUAUGCGGGAGCUAAAGCACUGGCGGAUUCCUUGACCCCCGAGGAAGAAAACCAAGGAUGGCUUUAUCCUUCACUUGCACGUAUUCGUGAUGUGUCAGCUAUUGUUGCGGCCGCUGUGUAUGCUGAAGCUUGCAAAGAAGGAUUGGCUCAGACAACCCAUGAUCUCGAUAACGAGGCUCUUGUACGAUAUGUCUCUUCUCAAAUGUGGUCACCAAACACCGAAGCAUACGGUACCAAAAUCCCUGUUCAUGAAAUCCAUUCUAGAAUUUAA